AUGUCGCAGUUUGUGUGGUGAGAAAUAUCAGGCCAAAAAUCCUGAUGUGGCUUCACCAGCGGAUGAGCAUUUCUGCCGAAAAGGACGAUAGACAUUGUAUAUACUGUCCGCUUUGUGAGGAGAAGGCUUAUAGCGUUCCUUAUUUAAUGGAUUAAUAUGAAUCUGGACUCGCUAUCUCUUGCCCUCUCUGAAAUAAGUUAUUCAGUGGCAAAUCUAACAAAGAAAAAUUUCAAGUCCAGUGUUGCUGAAAUAAACCACCUGGUCACACACCACGGAGCUGAAGCAGAAAGGCAUCUGUUUCGGUGUCUAUUUUCCUAUGUUGAUUUCAGUGGGGAUGGUAAAAGUAGUGGCAAGGACUUUCAUCAGACACAGUUGUUGAUUCAGGAAUUUGGGAACCUUAUCAGCAAAGUGAAUUUUGUGUCUAUCUUGUGCUACGCUAUUGACUGUCCCCUCCAUCUACAGAAGAGUUUAAAACCAUCAUCACAACUCUUCCCACAAGUCAGCAAGGUUCUCAAGCUCUCCCGCGUACAGGACGUUGUUUUUGGACUUGCCUUACUGAAUUCAUCAAACCCAGACCUGAGAAACUACGCAGCUCAAUUUGUGAAACAAAAAUUACCAGACCUUAUCCGCUCCUAUGUCGAUGCCGACACCACAGUAAGUCAGGAGGGGGGACUGCAGGACGUUGCCAUCGAGGUGAUUCACCUGUUGUUAGCCCACCUGGUCAAAGGCAGAGAUCAAUUCGGUAUCGGUGCUGACCAGAAAGAGGCUUUCCUUCAAACGCUCAGAAAAGACUUCCCUCGAGACAGAGUACCUGUAGUACUAAGCCCUCUUCUAUACCCAGACAUAGACGAUAUUUCCAUUGACAAGUUGCCGGAUACAACUGGCUGUCACAAGAGUAUCAUGGAAAGCUCUUAUGCUGAUAUGAUAUUGGAAGCUGGAUAUGGAUGCACGGCAACAGUUGAAGAAUGUCGAAACACCCUGAUGCAGUUUGGAGUGCGGGAGCUGACUCCUGCAGCUGUAGCACGUGUGCUGGGGAUGAUGGCGCGCUCUCACCAGGGCCUGAAUGAAAACGUCUCCCUACAGUCUUUGAACAGCAGUGCACUAGGAGGAGGUAUAUGGGGGGACACCAAGGAGAAGGCUGACACAGUCGGUGUGAACACCUGGAACGUGGAGGUGUUCGUUCAGGUGGUUCAAGACCUGGCGCCUCACCUUAACUGGCGAGAUGUGGUAUCGGAACUAGACCAUGCAAGCUUCUUUGUGGACAGCAAGCGUGGACUAAGUAUCAUCGUGAGGGGCCUCAUCAAGGGGCUGACCGAGGUGUUCCCUGUGGAGCUAAUCUACAGACAGUGGAAGAACACAGAAGGACAGUUAUCUUUCAUCGUACAGUCUAUCAGAAAUCCUGACAUCUUUUGUUUGGCUGAUUAUCCAUGUCACACUGUGGUGAUUGACAUCCUCAAAACACCCCCAGAUGAUGACAAGAGGGAAGUGGCAAUAUGGAAAUCUCUGGAUCUGGUAGAAGCCUUACUGAGACUGUCAGAGCAGCACAACCAGCAAGUGUCAGAACUGUUCACCUUCCCUGUGAGAAACUGUCCUGACAUGCUGGUACUGGCCCUUCUGCAGAUCAGUCCGACGUGGAACACCUUGAAGCAGGAACUCAUCUCGACACUAAUGCCAAUCUUCUUGGGGAACCACCCAAACUCUGCCAUUGUUCUACAUUACGCCUGGCACUGCCCGGGCCUCUCCAGCACAAUCCGUACCCUCAUCAUGCACUCCAUGGCUGAGUGGUAUAUGAGAGGAGAGCCACACGACCAGACACGAUUGGGACGAAUUCUCGAUGUUGCUCAGGACUUGAAGGCUCUGUCCAUGCUUCUGAAUGCAUCUCCUUUUGCCUUUGUGAUUGAUUUGGCCUGCCUGGCCUCCAGACGGGAAUACCUCAAGCUAGACAAGUGGCUCUCUGACAAGAUCAGAGAACAUGGUGAGCCGUUCAUCCAGGCAUGUGCAAACUUCCUGAAGCGUCGCUGUCCUCAGCUUGUUGGGGGCAUGGCCAAGGAAGACCCGACCCCUCAGUCCAAGAGUCAGCAGCUGCCCAUGGAGACUAUAGCCACCAUGGUGUCCUGCCUGCACACAUGUGCCAACACUGGUCAAGUCCAGAUUGAGUUAUCGGAUGCUAUUCGGACCAUGGUGAAUAAUGCCAACCAGAUUUUAAACAAAGUUCGUCCCGCUCCUCCCGGCACAGUAGGCCCUAAAUCUCUGAACCCAGGGUUGCCUCAAGCCUUACCAUUGCCCACAACGCCUGUUGCUGAGUCCAAGCCCCCUGACCCCAUGUUACAGCAAUGGUCCACGUGGCAAUCUGACAAAAAGAAGAUGGACGGGCCUGGUAUCUUAGGGCCAGUGGGGCUGGGUACAAGCAGCAGCGUCUCCUCCUCUUUCCCCCAGGGCCUAAUGAACCUGAACCCAGGACCUCCAUCACCUCCCAAGGGCUUUCAGGGCCUCCCCUCACAGACUGGACAUGUCUUCAACGCUAUGCACUCCAUCACCACACAGCUGCAAAAUCUUGGUAUGCAGUCCACAAUGCCUACCUCGAUGCCCUCUGUCAUGCAGGGACCCCGUAGCACAGUAACUUCUCUUGGAGCGCUCAGCGUACAGACAGCAUUGAAGAACCCAGCAAACACUGGGCCUUCUGGUCGACCCAGAACAACUGGCAAUGGUGGGGACAUGUCAAACUUUUUCCCAGAAAUGAAUCAACAGUUCAGCAAGGAAGUGGAAGAUGAGGCCAACUCCUACUUCCAGCGAAUCUACAACCAUAUUCCACACCCAACCAUGUCUACAGAUGAGGUGCUUGACAUGCUCAAAAGAUUCAAGGACUCCUCAAACAAGAAAGAAAGGGAUGUGUACUUCUGUAUGUUGAGAAGCCUGUUGGAGGAGUACCGUUUCUUUCCCCAGUAUCCAGAAAAAGAACUCCAUACCACAGCAGUAUUGUUUGGUGGAAUCAUAGAGCAGGGAUUAGUCACGUAUAUGGCCCUGGGAAUUGCUCUCCGCUAUGUUCUUGAAGCUUUGAGGAAACCAUCGGGCUCAAGGAUGUAUUUUUUCGGUAUUGCAGCUCUGGACAGAUUCAAAUCCAGAUUAAAGGAUUACCCUCAGUACUGCACUCACCUGGCCUCCAUACCACACUUCAAUCAGUUUCCACAACAUCUCAUUGAAUAUGUGGAGUAUGGUGCCCGCUCCCAGGAGCCCCCACACCACCCCCAGGGGGCAAUCACCACCCGCAGCCUCACCCCAACCGUUGGUAGCCUUACACCUGCGCUCUCAGGGCUAGGCAUGCCUCCCCUAACACCCACUCCAACCAGCGCUGGCACGCCCAUGGAUGGUCUGACUACAGGCACGGCGACGCCCACUCCAGCCACACCCUCCACCCCAGCUGAGGCCACAUCUGCCUCCCCUGCUGCACCAGCAAAGUCUGCUAUGCCGAAACCAUCCAUUGCAAAUGCAACUAACAUCGACACACUACUGGCAGGUCAAGGCAAAGAAGAGAUCUCUGUUCCCCCUGAAUCCUUACAGGACAAGGUCUUCUUCAUCUUCAAUAACCUCUCCCUGGCAAACAUGAGCCAAAAGUCUGAGGAACUGAAGGAGUACAUCACAGAGGAGUUUAUGCCAUGGGUGUCCCAGUAUCUGGUGAUGAAGAGAGCCAGCAUAGAGCCCAACUUCCACACCCUCUACGCCAACUUCAUAGAUGCACUCAACAUGCCAAACAUCUCCACAAACGUCACAAAGGAGACGUUCAGAAACAUCAAGGUUCUGUUGAGAAGCGACAAAGGUGUGGCUAACUUUUCUGACAGAGCUUUGCUGAAAAAUCUGGGUCACUGGCUGGGUAUGCUGACCCUAGCCAAAAACAAGCCUAUUCUGCAAAUAGAUAUAGACCUGAAAGCACUGCUGUACGAAGCAUAUCACAAAGGAGCUCAGGAGUUGCUCUAUGUGGUGCCGUUCACAGCCAAAGUACUGGAGUCCUGUGCCAAGAGCAAGGUGUUCAAACCUCCCAACCCGUGGACUAUGGCUAUCAUGAAUGUGCUAUCCGAACUACAUCAGGAACAAAACCUCAAACUGAACCUCAAGUUCGAGAUUGAAGUCCUGUGCAAGACACUUGGUAUUGACAUCAAUGAUCUGAAGCCUGGGAAUUACCUGCGUGACCCUCACAGAUUGGCCGUUCUUGAACCGCAGCUCUCUGGAGUUACCAAGAUUCUGAGUCCCCAGCCUGACCUUGACCCCGUGGUGUCCAUGAGCACGCCCCCAGCUGUCCCGGUGACGGUGGGUGGGUCGGCUUCUACCUCCACCCCCUCUGUCAGUCUGCCACCUCAGCCACAGUUUGACUUCAACGACAUCGUCACCUCGUCUCUGUCAGGACUCGCUCCUCAUAUCAUUGUCAGCGACCACCCCCUGUGGCAAGCCAAUCCCCAACUGAAACUAAGUGUGAAAGCCGCUGUAGAAAGAUCUGUCCAAGAGUUACUCCCCCCUGUUGUAGAGAGAGCCAUCAAAAUUGCAUUGAACACUUGUGAACAGAUCGUGAAAAAGGACUUUGCCCUGGACCCAGAAGAGAAUCGUAUGCGUGCCGCAGCUCACCACAUGGUGAGGAACAUGACAGCUGGGCUUGCACUUAUCACCUGUAGGGAACCGCUUUGUACCUGUAUCAACAACAACCUGAAGACCACCUUCACCUCAAUUCUGCGAGGUUUGACCCAGCCUCAGAAGGAGAUGGUAGAGCAGGCAGCACAGAUGGUGGGCCAGGAGAAUGUGGAACUGGCAUGUGCAUUUAUCCAGAAGACAGCUGUGGAGAGGGCCAUUCCAGAAAUGGAUAAGAGACUGGCAACCGAGAUUGACCUGAGGAAGCAUGCGCGUAAUGAGGGACGUCGUUACUGCGAUCCUGUGGUGCUGACCUAUCAGGCAGAGAGGAUGCCUGAGCAAAUACGACUCAAGGUUGGAGGUGUGACUCCCCAGCAGAUUGCCGUGUAUGAGGAGUUUGCCCGGAACAUACCAGGAUUCUUACCUACAGUGACACACACCAGUCUGCCCUCGGGAAUUGCCAGACCAAUGCCUGUCAGAGACCAGCAGUCAUUUGCCACAGAUGAAAUCUCACAGAUGUAUGACAAGAUCGCUUCAGAAAUCAAGCAGCAUGUUCAGAUGGUAGCCCUUCCCCCAGGCAACUCCCACUUUGUACAGUUGCACAGUCUGAUGGAGGCAGUACUGCUGGCCAGGAGCUCACACGAGAUCGUGUCUGCUCUGGCCCUUCUGCAGAAGGCUGUUGAGGGGUUGCUGGAUCAUUUCACAGCGAUGCCUAACGACAAUGAGCUGAUGCUAAGGUUCAGAGACUGUCACCUGCUGGUGCUGAGAGGUCUUCAGGAUACCCGAGCAUAUGGCCCACAAUGGACAAACAAACAGGUCACCAGGUGUCUGAUUGAAAGCCGAGAUGACCGGAAGUACAACGUAGAGGCCAUGGACUGUUUGAUCAGAGCGCACUUUGUCAACAUGCCGCAAUAUGAUUCACACCUGGCAUCGCUGAUGGAGAAUGGGCUGAACUACAUGGCUGUGGCAUUUGCAAUGCAACUUGUCCAGAGGUACUGUGUGGAUGACAAACAUAACAGUCAAAUCAGUGAGGGGGACUUUUUCAAUACGAUUGAGACGUUAGCUAGAAUCGCUUCACACUCAAGACAGGCACCUGAAGGGUUAAGUGCUCUGUUGGAGACAAUUCGACAGAAUAAUGAUGGCGGGCUGUUAGAUCGCACCCCGAACCAGGGAGGUCCCACCAUCAUGAUGCAGACUGGGAUAUCUCAGGCACGUGAGUUUGAUGAUCCCCCAGGCCUGCAUGAGAAGACAGAGUACCUGUUGCGUGAAUGGGUCAACAUGUACCACUCACCUGCAGCCGGCAGGGACAGCACCAAGGCCUUCUCUGCUUUUGUGGGUCAGAUGCACCAGCAGGGUAUCCUGAAGACAGAUGAUCUCAUCACACGGUUUUUCCGUCUCUGUACAGAGAUGUGUGUUGAUUUGUGCUACAGAGCUUUAGGCGAACAAAGCCAAAACCCGACUCUAGUCCGAGCCAAGUGCUUCCACACCCUGGAUGCCUUUGUUCGUCUGAUCGCCUUACUGGUCAAGUACUCAGGAGACAACAGCAACACAGUCACCAAGAUCAAUCUUCUAAACAAGGUUUUGGGUAUAGUGGCUGGAGUACUCUAUCAGGACCACGAGGUUCGGCAGAGUGAUUUCCAGCAGCUCCCCUAUCACCGCAUCUUCAUCAUGCUCUUCAUUGAACUGAAUGCACCAGAGCCUAUCCUGGACACCAUCAACCUUCAAGUUCUCACAGCAUUCAGCAAUACAUUCCACAUCCUGCGACCAGUGAAAGCCCCUGGGUUUGCUUAUGCCUGGCUGGAGCUGGUAUCUCACAGAGUCUUCAUUGGCAGGCUGCUGGCCCUCACGGUCCAACAGAGGGCAUGGGGAAUGUAUGCCCAGUUACUGGUCGACCUGUUCAAGUUCCUGUCUCCUUUCCUGAGAAAUGCUGAUCUCACUAAACCUACACAGCUUCUUUACAAGGGAACACUGCGUGUGUUGUUGGUGUUGCUCCACGAUUUCCCUGAAUUCCUCUGUGAUUUCCACUAUGCUUUCUGUGAUGUGAUCCCGCCAAACUGCAUUCAGAUGCGUAACCUUAUCCUCAGUGCUUUCCCUCGCAACAUGCGCCUGCCCGACCCGUUCACACCCAAUCUCAAGGUGGACAUGUUACAAGACAUUGCCCAGCCUCCGCGGAUCCUCACCAGCUUUGUCUCCAUGAUACAGCCUCCAUCAUUCAGGAAGAAUCUGGAGUCCUACCUGAAGACAAGGUCACCCGUGACAUUUUUGUCAGAGCUUAGAGGAAACUUACAGGUGGAUGAGCCCGGGAUGAGGUACAACAUCCCUCUCAUCAAUGCUCUGGUGUUGUACGUGGGCACCCAGGCCAUUGCCUACAUCAACAGCAAAGGCCUGACCCCCUCCAUGAGCACCAUAGCUCAUUCCUCUCACAUGGACAUCUUCCAGAACAUGGGGGUCAGUCUAGACACUGAAGGUCGUUACCUGUUCCUGAAUGCCAUAGCCAACCAGCUGAGGUUCCCCAAUAGUCACACCCACUACUUCAGCUGUACACUGCUGUACCUGUUUGCUGAGGCUAACACAGAAGCCAUACAGGAACAGAUCACAAGAGUGCUGUUGGAGCGGUUAAUUGUGAACCGUCCACAUCCUUGGGGGCUGCUCAUCACAUUCAUCGAACUCAUCAAAAACCCAGUCUUCAAAUUCUGGAACCAUGACUUUGUGCACUGUGCCCCAGAGAUUGAAAAGCUGUUUGAGUCCGUGGCUAGGUCAUGCAUGCCCAAGCAGACGCAGAGUGUUCGAGAGCAAGAAACAGCCGAAAUACACUGAGAUGGCCUGGAUAACGGAAGAACCCCAUAGAAGGGAACUUUCCACUUCAUCGUGGUAACCAUCAUGUGACUACGCACACCACUGGAAGAAGGAAGGGUGCAAAACUGGCAUCCUUGGAAUCGUCAGAGGGGUUUCCUCUGACUCUGAUCAUUUUCAAAGAUUUCUAUUUUUCUUGGCUAUCUUAAGUUUAUUUGUACGAGAGAUUCAUAUUUGAAAGGCCCGAAGUGGGGGCCUCAUUUUGACCUUUGAUCUUUAUAUAUUCAAAGAUUUGUGACGAAGAAUCAGUCAGGAUUUGUUUUGUGGACAGUGACUCUGAUGUGCUGUAAGGUUCAGUGAUAUAACCCUUUUCAUGAUCCUGUCACCACUAGCUGUUUGUACAGUUAACAUUCUAUCAGCGUUUGAUUCCUUCUCUAUCUCCAAGCUUUAUCAGUUUGAUUUGACCAGCCACCAUGCUGAGAGUUGACCAACGGCUGUAGAGAAUAAGGGAGCACACUGUUGAUGAGAACAUAUCAGUAUUCUGUGGCCUGUGUGAUUCAUGGAAAGAAAGAUCAUUUCAUUUGUCAAUAUAGACCAUACCUGGUGAAGGAACAGGCAGUUCUUGUGUUACUACUAAACACAAAAGAUACCUUCCUACAUUUUCCCCAAAGUAAGCUCAGCUUUAAGAAUGCAAAGUCUUUUUGCCAUUUGUGCAGUCAUUUUAUAAUGAUACUUGUGUUCAGUUCUGCAAGUUCAAACAUUCACUGUUGACGUGAAAACCUAUUCACAGUGUUUUUCCUCAUUUUACUUUCAGAUUUCUUGAUGUCAUUUUAUUUAUUUACUUACCUUUUACUUUCAUCUGUCCUUGUCAAAAUGUGUUGACCUAAAAUGUGAGGUGUGUGUAAAAUGUGAGGUGUGUGUUGAGAAAAACACUGCAAUAUUUCCAUUCAUUUAAGUAAAUCAUGCCAGCUACCAAGCUGUUGUCAGAUUGUAUGCAUGUUCAUCAUACCUUCAUUUACAUACUGCAUUUGUCAAAGACCUCAGUCUCUAAAUAGCACUAGACAUUCAUCUAGUAUACUGAUUUUACCCAUUGUCUCUGAAUCACAGGUUCAUUGCUCACGAGAUUGCAAUGUUGCAACUAGAUGCAACAUGAAGUGAUGUAUUAUCAGGAAUGAUGUUGCAAGAACUUUAAGGAGUCAAUAUGCUACCUUUAUUACUUAGCCUUCAAUGCUUUUUCUUGGCCAAAUAUGUGCCACAUCUAAUACUAAAUAUGUUCGCUUGGUGGACACACUACUGGUACUUAACAUGUUCGCGCUUAGUCUAAUUUAAUAUUGUUGAUAUUUGUCAUGUCAAAUUUUCAUGUCAACAGGUUAAUUAAAUACUCAUGUUUUCAUCUGAUGACAUGAAAACCUCCGCCAGGUGAUGGUCUACCCAGCCUGGGAUAUCCUACCUUCAUCUUUGUUAUCAGUUACACUCGAGUAGAAACAUUUUGUAAAUUGUUACGGAUGGUUAUGUUAUGUUGAUGCCCAGACCUGGCUACAGAUUGAAGCUCUUUCUACUGCUGAUAAACACAGACCAGCCAACUUGUUCAGCGUCACAGAGCUGUUGUCUCUGUUUAUCAGAUCUUGAUUAUAAACCAUGGUGUCACAGGACUGAAAUGAUCUCCUAAAGUGUGUCUCUCUUCAGAACCUGGACUAGAACGUCCACAGCCAAACCCACAACCAACUUGUACAACUUGUAUUUGCUGUAAUUAUGUCUAAUAAGCUAUAAUUUGGAAUAAAAAUUAGUGUUUGCA